AUGGGGGUCACCCUGGCCAAACCCGUGGCGGAACUUCCAGACGAUCUUGGCAAGAUUGCUAGAAAGUACCGAGCCUACAAUUUUCCAUUUGAAAACCUCGUGUUGGAAGGAGGAGGGGCCAAGGGCUUUGCCUACAUAGGUGCUAUGAAGGUCCUAGAGGAUGCUGGGAUAAUAAAAAAGAUCAAAAGAUUCGCAGGAUGCAGCGCAGGCGCAGUAACAGCGGGUCUAAUGUCGCUGGGUAUGACGUCAAAUGAAAUUGUGGAGGAGAUUCGAAAUGUCAACAUGGAGAGCACACUGAAGGACUCCCCAUGGUGGUCACGUGGACCACUGCGGUAUAUUUUCUUUGGUAGGCAAUUCUUAAAGGACUAUGGUGUGUACCCGGGCGACAGAUUUCUCAGCUGGUACGGCAAGGUCAUCCACCGACAUCUUCAGAAGCACCAUGGAGCUAAAGGCCUGGACGAGAACAUCAACCUACAUCAGCUCCGUAACAUAUUCGGCAAAGAACUAUGUACCGUCACUUACAACCUGACAUUCGGCAUCGAUAUGUACUGUCAUGCCAAGACCACGCCUUUCUGCACUGUUCGUCAGGCUGUCAGACAGUCCAUGUCCUUACCUGGUAAACCCUCUUGA